AUGCUUCAGGGCUGUGCCAGGCGGUUGAACGCCAAGAGCAGUCUGGGCCAAAGCAGGAAGUCCAAGUUCAGUAGAACAUGUCUUGCUCCAGUUGUUGUAGGUUUAUUUGUUGUAAUAAAGAAUGUGACUUCAUGUGUCUGUUUGUUUCUGCAGAACCUAAUGGCCAAAGCGUUGUACGACAACGUGCCAGAGUCCCCCGAGGAGCUGGCCUUCCGGAAAGGGGAUAUCCUGACCGUCAUUGAGCAGAACACAGGAGGCCUGGAAGGCUGGUGGCUCUGCUCCCUGCACGGUCGCCAAGGAAUUGCCCCUGGCAACCGUUUGAAGCUACUGAUCGGGCCCAUGUUUGAAGCCCAGUCCCCGUCCAGUGCCACUGCUGUCCAAUCACCUCCUCAGAGCUCAGCCUAUCAACAGAAAGCAGGUUCAGCCCAGGGAUUCUACCAGGUGCCACCAUCCCAUCAGAGUCCACAGCAGCAGAAUCAGCAGAGCGUUUACCAGGUCCCUCCAGGACAAGAUGUCUACCAAGUCCCUCCAAGGAGUACUCUAGCUGCUGAUAAUGCACAAAGCAAGGUGGUGACACCAACCCGCGUGGGGCAGAACUACAGCUACAGUUUGGGUCAGCACAACCAACAGGACCUGUAUGACGUCCCACCCAGCAGAUCACAGGGGGUGUACAACAUUCCACCUGGUCAGAUGUUAGGAUCGCCGUAUCCCGGACAGCAUGGUGGAGCUCACAGCCAAGGAGUCUACGAUGUGCCUUCAUCUCAGCUGGACCUCAGAAACCAAGGGGUUUAUGACGUCCCGCCAUCUUCACAAGGGGUAUACUCGGUGCCUCCCUGCAGGACCAACCCCGCCCUCCAGGAAGGAAACUAUGACUUCCCACAGCCUCUGAAACACAAACAGGAAGGGAUCUAUGAUGUCCCACCACCUGCCCUCGCCAAAACCACACCAAGCCCACAGUCGCAUUAUGAUUUCCCACCCAGCGUGGAGCCUGCUGCCCAUCACCAACACACCAACGGCAACGAAGGCAUUUACGACGUACCUCCACCUGCCCUUCAUUCAGGAGCGGGGUCUCAGAGGGACAUCUACGACGUCCCUCGGGGCUUGCAGGCCUCACAGCACAGAACCUCACCUGCUGACAGAGACAGAAACAAAGGCGUGUACGACAUACCCACACAGGAUUCUCGCGCAGUGGCAGACGUGACGGACAGCGUGAACCGCCUGUCUUUCUCCAGUACUGGUAGUACACGGAGCAGCAUGUCCACCUCCUCCUCUUCCACGGGCUCAAGCUCUGACGGCCGUCUUGCUCUGGAUGUGGACACCGCCAUCCAGAGGCUACACCGCCUCCAGCAGGCCGUGGAGGUCUCAGUCGGUGCUCUGCACUCCCUCGCAGCCUCCCCUCACUGGAGGACUUUUCCCUUCAUGGAGCAUCAUGCUAAUGAUGUCCGCACAGUGCUGGACCGGGUCCGGGCAGCGCUAGGGGACUUCAUUGUGUUUGGCAGAGGGGCGGCAGCAAAUGCCACGGCUCUGUCAGACUCCAGCCUGCACAGUAAGCUGAGAAGACAACUGGGACGCCUGGAGGACUCGCAACAGAUCCUCCUGCAGAUUUUCCAGGUCCUGGAGAAUUGUAGCUGGGCUCUUACCGCCCUGACCGCUUCUAGCACCGCCAAGAACCAGCACAAAAGCGAUGACCUGGACCGCUUCGUCAUGGUGUCCCGGACUGUGCCAGAUGACACCAAACAGCUGGCCUCCACAGUAGGAAGCAACGCUGAACUGCUUUUUAGGAGGACACACAUGGACGGGUCGUUCUCUACAGGGAGCACACCUGACGAGAACAUGACUCACACCUCCCCGUCCUCAGACAACGACAACUAUCAGACCAAACCCUUCCCUGUGCCGUCCAGCCAAGACAAGGACAACAUGAAUAACAGCGAGAAAUGUGUUAAGAGUUGGAUGGAGGACUACGACUAUGUGCACCUGCAGGGCAAAGAAGACUUUGAGCGCCAGCAGAAGGAACUGUUGGAGAAAGAAAAUAUCAUCAAACAAAAUCAAGUUCAGCUGGGUCAAGAACAGAUCAAUCAGUUCAAGAAGCUGGAGCAGGAGGUGAUCAAACCUGUAGAAAAUGACAUCACACAGUGGAUCUCCCACCAAAACUCGCCGAGGACCUCCCCGACUGACUCUUCUUCCUGCUUGUCCCCCUCCACCCACGUGUGCGCACGUGACCGCCAGCUGCUCACAUUCUACGCUGAGCAGUGUGAGCAACACUUCGUCACACUCCUUAGCGCCGUGGAUGCGUUCUUCAGCUGCGUCAGCGGCGGGCAACCUCCCCGCAUCUUUGUGGCGCACAGCAAGUUCGUCAUCCUCAGCGCCCAUAAACUGGUCUUCAUCGGAGACACUCUAUCCAGGCAGGCGGCAGCUCCUGAGGUGGCUAACAGGGUGAUGAACUCCAGUAACGUGCUGUGCGACUUGCUUAAAACGGUGGUGACUGCCACCAAGACGGCUGCCUUGAAUUACCCAAACACAGCGGCCAUCCAGGAGAUGGUGGACAGGGUCACUGACCUCUCACAUCACUCGCAGCAGUUCAAGGAACAGUUGCUGCAAAUGGCGUCCGUGUGAUUUCCCGCGGUUUCCUGCUCCGUUGUGUACAUUAGCAUCAACAUACCGCCCGACUUCUCUCAGCAUGUUUCUGUAAAUACUUGUUCUUUGUCUUUUGUAAAUAUUUGGCUCGAUGUUUUAUAUUCUGGUGUCUCUGUAGGGUUCUGUGGAUGUUUUUUCUUUCAUGACAUUCCCGUCGAAUAUUAAGAAGCACCUUAAGAAAUGUCCUGAUUUUCAUUUUCACCUCUAGAAUGUUCAUCAUCUGGGUACGAUGUUUGUUCAUGUGACGUCAAAGUAAACAGUUCUUAACAAUG